UUAGUUGGUUUCGCUUUACACUCUAAGCUUGCUUGUUACAUCAACUUACCCUGAACCCAUAUACCCUUUAUGCCACACGAGAUGAAACUACAAAUAUCGCCGGCAUUCACAAUCGCAUCCGCCUCGGAGGCAACAUCUACAGUCGACUGCAGUCGCAAAAGUCGCUCGUGUAGACAUGUCCAAGUUAGCUGCUCUGUUGCUCCUCUGCUUCUCCACUGGCUGUUGGGCAAACGCUUCCGCUUCCAGUCGAUACAAUGUGGUGAUGGUGAUCUUCGAUGACCUGCGGCCCUCUCUGGGUGCGUAUGGCGAUGUCUUGGCGCGCACGCCAAAUCUGGAUGCAUUUGCCCAGGGCAGCAGCAUCUUUACACGCGCUUACAGUCAGCAGGCACUGUGCGCUCCUAGUCGCAAUUCCUUGUUAACCGGACGCAGACCCGACACAUUGCAUCUCUACGAUUUCUAUAGCUAUUGGCGCAACUUCGUGGGGAACUUCACGACCUUACCGCAGUACUUUAAGGAGCAUGGCUACUACACCUAUAGCUGUGGCAAGGUCUUUCAUCCAGGACUCUCCUCGAACAACACCGAUGACUAUCCCUUGAGUUGGUCUGCACCCGCGUUUAGACCCCGCACCGAACAGUUCAUGAACUCGCCCGUUUGUCCGGAUCGUAAUGGUGGCGUCCUGCGCAAGAAUUAUCUCAUCUGUCCGGUGCACUUGCAAACACAGCCCUACAAGACGCUGCCCGACAUUGAAUCCGUCACGGAGGCACUGCGUUUCAUCGAGUCCCGCAAACGGCAACGUCAGCCUUAUUUCCUCGCCUUGGGUUUUCACAAGCCGCACAUUAAUUUCCGCUUUCCUCGCCAGUUCCUCGGCCACUUUCCGCUGCAGCAGUUUUACAAUUACACCACGGACACUGUGAAGCCACCAGAAAUGCCGGAUGUUGCCUGGAAUCCGUAUACCGAUGUACGCUCUCGUGAUGACUUCAAGCACGCCAACAUCUCGUUUCCCUAUGGUCCCAUUUCGGAGCUGCAGGCGGCGCAAAUACGUCAGGCCUAUUACGCUUCUGUGGCCUAUGUGGAUGAUCUCUUUGGCAAGUUGCUGGCGCGUCUGGAUCUGGAACGCACUGUCGUUGUGGUGCUGGGUGAUCAUGGCUGGUCGCUGGGCGAGCACGCCGAGUGGGCCAAGUACAGCAACUUUGAGGUGGCUUUGCGUGUGCCUCUGAUGAUGCGCAGUCCUGAGUUCCCGUUAACGCAACCCAGGCGGCUGCACAGCAUCACGGAGCUGCUCGAUGUAUUUCCCACACUGGUGGACUUGGCUCACUUACCACCACUGCCCAGCUGCAACAGCAGCAGCGUGGCUAGGGAGCAGCUCACCUGUGGCGAAGGCAAGAGCUUAUAUCCACAGCUGCAGGGCUUGGGAUUGGCCGAGGAGCAUGUGGCCCUGAGUCAAUAUCCACGGCCAGGCAUGCUGCCCACCAAGCAUCCCAACAGCGAUAAGCCAAAGCUGCGCAACAUCAAAAUCAUGGGCUACAGUCUGCGCACUGAUUUCUAUCGCUACACGCUCUGGGUUCGUUUCCAUGCGCACAACUUUAGUCGAGACUGGCACAACAUUUACGGCGAAGAGCUGUACGAUCAUCGUCUGGACGCUGGCGAGGAGCUUAAUCUGGUCUCCCUCACCGAGUUUAAUGCGAUACGUCAUCGUUUGCGACGCCAACUGAUUGAGGCCGUUGGUUAAUUGAGCUCGACCAUCUCGGCACCUUGAAGUUGAAAAUAAUUUGUAGACUAACGCAUAAAAAGAGUGUAUGCAUAAUACGGAGUCGUAAUAAAAAAAAAAAAAACAGCCAAGCAAAUAUCUUGUAGUCAUAAUUGGAAUUUAAUACAUCCGGCUUACAGGCGCUGCAAGCCUAUCCAUGUGUGUGUGAGUGCGAGUGUGUGUGUACUCGCACAUACUUUGGGUGUAAUUUUUCCCCUUCUUCACUUUGUCGCAGUUCGUGCCGCGCAUGCGUGACUUGUGUCCAUUGCCUUUUUGGCUUUGCUGCUUCGUUUUCUGAAUUUUUGUGAAUGAAAUUUUUAUUCAACGUUGGCGUCGGCGUUGGCGUUCCUCUUACCGUUGACAGCGACGCGACGCCCAAGCCGAAACUCAAGCGAAACACACACAUUGUGUGUGUAUGUGUGUGUAGCUAUGGCUAAAAUCUAGCUAUUAAUUUCACUGCUGCAGCUGUUGCCAAGCGGGUGAAAAUAUAUGUAUGCUGGCUGCUGCUGUCGCUCUGCUGGGUAAUUAAAUCUGCAGCCGACAACGCAUCACUCGAUCACUCGAAUCGCCCUGCAGACCGCCCGCCCACCAGCCACCACCACUGUUGUAAAGACGACCCCGCUCUCUUUCUUUGUGUGUCUCUCUCUCUUUGCUCACCAUUCACCACUCGCCAUUCAUCUCACCACUCACACACACACAACACGCUCCACAUAUGCACAUUUAUGCUUAUGUAUGUGUGUACAUAUGCCAAUUGGCGUGGGCUGCGUUUGAAGUCGCUGCGUUGCUGUGUGUUGGUGGCUUCGCUUGUUAUGCGGCCAUAUGGGCCGUGUCUUGAGGUGAUUAAACUGAAUUUUGGCAGCGCUUUUACUCGCAUUAGACGGCUGUGAACCACAUUUACCGCUUACUGCAUCUGGCUUUUGGGGACUGCAGACUGACGACUGAACACUGAAGACUGGAGGUGUGGCAGAUGCCAUAAAUUGCAUUUGUAUUUGCCUACGAUCAUUUUUGGAAAGCUCAGCUCGUAACCAAAGUUUCAUAUCCAACGCUCUAUCAUUUA